AUGAUUUGUCCCAGUUAUUCGCGCGCUAGUCUUAAUCCGGCAUGUAUGCCUAGCACCCCCUCGCGCCACGCUGUUUGGAAUAGUACGAGUUGUUGUCCUUGGGCUCGUUCAAUGGAAGAUUUUGUCCCCACUUGCAUUUUAUCAGCUUCUAGCUCUACCCCGUAUAAAGCUUCCUUUUGCCUACCUCGUGCUCAAGUGCAAACACCACACUCAUCGCUGCCCCAUAGCGAUGCAUCUACCCUUACCACUUCUUAUUACUAUUUUCUCUGUGAAAAGACUGGUGACCGCCAUGCCUUCACAAUUUUCCGCAUCCAUCACAGCCCGGCUAGGCGAGAUUGCCUCACUGAUCCUAUCGGUACAGACCAAAUUGCAGCUCCCUGCACUGUAUUCACAAUCCACGAUUCAGCGACCGCAAAAAAUGUGUUAAGCGAGAGUAUCGAAAGGUUCGGCCGGUCGGACGAUGUCUGGUCGCCGGAGUUUCUACAAAAUGUGGUCUUGCAGUCAACAUCGUCCCAAGCGUCCAUUCCAGACGGCCUGGAAGACCUACUGCAGCCAUAUAUAUACUUAAGUAAUACAUCUUCCAUCUACGUAUCUUCCUUCUCAUCUGGCAUGCUUAAUGAGGGACCAUAUUUCUUGAAUAUGAGAAGGCUACACCCAGCAUACCGGCUAUACCCGGAUUACGCUGGUGCCUUUAUUGCUCCGACAGUGUCCACAGAAGAUGCGUACCGCUAUAAACCCCUUGGCGCCGCUGCAUACGGAGAGAAAUAUCCUUCUUCCCUGGCAGUAGCCGUGCCCUCUCGUCUUUAUUACAAACCAACACCCGAAAAACCAUUCGCAGGAACUCGAAUUGGAGUGAAGGAUAUAAUGGACCUAAGCGGACUUCGUACAGGAGCCCCAUCUCGAGCAUAUACAGAGCUCCAUGGUCCACGGACCGAGAAUGCGGAGGUUAUACAGAAAAUCCUGGAGUUAGGUUGUAUCGUUGUGGGGAAAUUGAAGACUACCCAAUUUGCAGACUCAGAGUGGCCGACCUGUGACUAUGUCGACUAUCAUGCGCCGUUCAACCCUCGCGCAAACGGAUACCAGACGACUAGUGGUAGCAGCUGUGGGAGCGCAGCUGCAGUUGCUUCGUAUGAAUGGCUAGACUUUGCUCUGGGAACGGACACACUUGGGAGCAUUCGUUCUCCGGCUGCCGUCCAGGGCCUCUAUGGUAUACGGCCCUCGCUGGAUGCUGUAAGCUUCAAGGAAAUUCUUCCAUAUACAAAAUUGGCUGACACUGUUGGCGGAUUUGCUCGUGACGCAGCGUCUUUCGCGAAGCUAUCUCGAGCUCUUUACGGCUCUGUCAACGAUCCAGAGCUAUCCAAGAAACCUAGCACAAUUCUGUACCCCGUUGAAUACUGGCCGAAGACAACCACAGAGCACGAUGCUGUCCUAGAAUCGUUCAUUGUCAAGAUGGAGCAGUAUAUCGGAUUCCAGCGAACGUGGAUAAGCAUAGAAGAGAUCUGGGCGGAAACAAAACCAGUCACCGAAAAUACCACCCUUGAGAAGUACCUUGAGCACGUCUUUGAAUGGGCUGCAAAUCCUCCCCAAUGGAAAGAUCUUCUUUAUCCGUUCAUAACCCAAUAUAAGGAAACUUACGGCCGAGAUCCAGCCUUGAACCCUCAGUUACAAUUCAAGCGCGGCUAUCUUCCCACGGUAACGGAUGAACAGGAGAAAGAGGGCGUCAGAAGAUGGAAUGUUUUCAAGGCUUGGUAUGAGGCCCAUAUCCUCCCACCCGCAACGGAUGGUUUCUCCGACACUCUGCUUCUCCUGCCGUGGAGCAGCGGGAAGCCGGAUUACCGAGAUACAUAUCGUGAUGGGCCCCAAAAAUUCACAGGAAUUGGGUUUUUCUUUUACAAUCUGUCUCCUUACUCUGAGGGCCCGGAGGCCAUACUCCCUGUCGGCCAAACACCUUUCGUGUCACGAAUAACCAAUUCCACUGAACAGUUACCCGCCUCUAUUGGGAUUUCCAGUGGGAAGGGAAGUGAUGUGAUGCUGACAGACUUCAUCGCAGAAUUGAUGUCUGGAACAAAUGGUCAAGGCGUGGGAGUUGGCUCUCUGGCGUUUAACGAUAUCGACAAUAUCGGUUCCUCUUUACUCGAUACACAGUCAACUGGGCAAUUCCCGUUGACAGGUAAUCUUUGA